ACAUUCUUCCCAUUCCUUCUUUUCUGCACUCACAUUCUUCCCAUUCCUUCUUUUUCUGCCCUUGUACUCUCUAUUAUUCACAAACAAAGAAUGGCUGCAGUAGCAACUUGUCAAAUUUCAGAGAAUGAGAAAUUGGUGGAUCGAAGUUGUCAAAUUUCAGAGAAUGAUGGGCAAUCGGUGGAUCGAAGGAUGGGCAAAUAUCAUGCCAAUGUUUGGCACGACGAUUUCCUCCAAUCCCUUUCAUCGCCAUAUGGGGAAGCUUCAUACCGUGAGAGGGUGGAGAGCUUGAUUGAGCAGAUCAAGGAAAACGCAUUCAAUCCUCUGCUUGGAGACGGAGAAAUAUGUCCCUCCUCUUCUGACCUGCUUCAGAGAUUCUUCAUAGUUGACGCUGUGCAACGAUUAGGAAUUCAUCGAUAUUUUGAAAAGGAAAUCAAAGUGCUCCUUGACUAUACUUACAAGUAUUGGAAUGUAAAUGGUAUUUCAUGGGGGACUCAAAAUUCCACUGCAGAUCUCCGCUCUACCGCUUUGGGAUUUCGAAUUCUUCGCCUCAAUGGAUAUCAUGUAUCUCCAGAGGUAUUUAGAAAUUUUCAAGAUGAAAAUGGACAGUUCGUUUUGACGCGACCGGUUGAAGAAGGCGGCAAUGAAUUAAGAAGUGUGUUGAGUUUAUAUCAAGCUGCAGAGAUUUGUUUUCCAGGAGAAACAAUUCUGAGAGAAGCUAAAUCAUUUGCCUCUCGAUACCUUCAACAAACUCUUGGACAGAGCCACGAGAAAAGCCAGCUUUUGACAGAGGUUGAUUACUUUCUGAAAUUUUCUUGGAGAUCCAGAAAUCCACGAUGGGAAGCAUGGAGCUCCAUACAAAUAUUUAGACAAGAUGUUGAUUCUUGGAUGUCAAUGGAGGGCGUUUAUAAGAUUCCAAAUGAGAUUUGUCAAACUAUUUUGGAAGCGGCAAUAUUAGAUUUCAACAUAAUACAAGCUCAACAUCAGAUUGAGCUCAAAAUUAUAUCCAAAUGGUGGACUGAAGCAAGUGUAAACAAGCUUAAUUUCUUUCGACACCGACAUGUGGAGUAUUAUCUUGCAUAUGCCUGUGGAUUGUAUGAACAUGAAUUCUCUCUAACUCGAGUUGGAUAUGCUAAGCUCGGUACCAUAAUUACAGUCAUUGAUGACAUUUUUGACACUUAUGGAACCUAUGAUGAGCUUAUACAUUUUAAGGAAGCCGUGAUCAAUUGGGAUAUGUCUAUGAUGGAUCGCUUUCCCAAAUUUAUGCAAAUCUGUUUGCAAUUUACUCAUGAAACAUACAUGGAAUUAGCUGAUGAAGCAGAGAAAAUACAUGGUCCACGUGCACGCAAGUGGAUGCAAGAAUAUUGGACAAAUCUUAUUUUGGCAGAAUUCAAAGAUGUAGAAUGGAUUGCUACUGAUUAUCGCCCUACUCUGGAUGAAUAUUUAAAGAAUGCCCUGGACUCUUCAACUGUACCUGUGGUCACACUAUUUCCAAUGCUGUUAAUUAACACGUCUCUUCCUGAUGAUAUUCUAGAAAGAAUCAAAAAAAUUGAGCUUGAUGUAAUGUUGGGUUGUAGAUUAAUCGACGAUUGCAAAGAUUUUCAGGAACAACUUGAAAAUGGAGAGAAUGCUUCUUGGCUAGAUUGUUACAUAAGAGAUAACCCUGGGACCACGAUGGAGCAAGCUUUGGAGCAUGCAAGCAUUCUCACCGAGUUACACAUGGAAGAGUUAACCAAAGAUUUUUUAUUUUAUGAGAAAGAUAUACCAACAUGCUGCAAAAAGGUGUAUUUUGAUUGUAUGUAUAGAUGGGUGGCUUUCUUAUGGAGGGACAUUGAUGGGUUUUCAACAUCAUUCAAGGGUACAAAGGAUGACAUAAUGAAACUCUUGAUCAAUCCUAUACCUUUGAUCUCUGAUAAAAGAAAUAUGUAAAAAUCAAAAUAAGGUUGACUCUAUGCAUUGUUCUUUUCGAGAUCCCAAGUAAAAAGACAAAUAGAAAUGUUCUUAGGGCCCACAGUAACCCUAGAGGAUCCUCAAUUAUAUAACAAGAAAUUAUUUUAGCAUAUUUUUUGAUGUAGCAUAUAUAUAGAUGCUUAUUUUUGCAUCUAUAAACGUACAAAAUACAAAAUUGCAGACAUGAUAAUGUGCAGUUACCCACCUUAUUUCAAAUGACUAGAAUCUGUUAUUUUGUAAAUUGAUGAA